AUGCGAUCAAUCCUACGACCAUCAUGCAGAAAGCCUUGCGGCGCCGAGUUUGAGCUGGUCUCAAAGGAGUACCAACACGACCGCCCGACCAUCUGUGUGAUCGCGACUGGUGGGACGAUUCAAGCAGGGGCAGAAGAUCCGGAACAGAUAUUAUAUUAUGAGAAUAGCCCUGCCUACGGCAAGACACUCUUCGAUCAGUGGGCUAGUAUCACGAACUACAAUAUCUUGGUUUAUCAGCCCUGGAAUAUCGGAAGCCACGAGAUCAAGAUGCACCAUAUAAUCACCUUGGCCAAGAUUGUCCUUCGAUGCAUUACGGAUGGAGCAGAUGGUAUUCUAGUAACACACGGCACAGACACCAUGGCAGAAACCGCAUCGAUCAUUCAGUGGCUCAUAGGACCUCGCAUGAAAGGGAUUCCUAUUGUAUUCACUGGCGCAUCGAACCCAAGUACAGCAGAAUGCAGAGAUGGCCCGGAGAAUCUCGAUGAUGCGCUAGUUGUGCUUGCCAACUGUGGUGCCAGGAAUAGAGACGUGAUGAUUCUGAUGAACAGACUCAUUAUUCUCGCCGAGCAUGCUGUCAAACGUGAUGCAGGAAGAAUCGGUGGGCUCGGCGGUCUGGAGUAUGGCACCGUCUUAGAUGGAAGGGUAAGCUUUCACUACCCACCUUCCGUCUCAGGCGCACACAGUGUCCCCCUGGAGAAGGUGACAAACUUGAAUCAGCGGGUAGUGCUCGUGAUGGGCUCUCAGGACAUGGACAUAAUGGCGCUUGAGGCUAUUGUGAAUACGAAGCCAAAAGCGGUCGUUGCCGCUGGGGUUGGGGAUGGAUGGUUCCCAGAAGAUGCCACGGCUGUUUUAGAAGAUGCAGCAGCGCAGGGGAUACUUGUUGUUAUAGCUGCACGGUCCGGCAAGAUGGCGAGAGCAACUCUGAAGGAAUGGCAGAUUCCAUGCUACGAUCUUGAUUAUCCCAAGUGUCUUGCAUUAAUGAAAGUAGUAUUGGCGGCUAAUUACAACGAAGAAGAUAUACGAGUUGUGCUUGAUGGGAGGGGAGAUGAAGUGGUGGUAUAUGAGCAGGGUGGAAGGUACUCUGAAGAGCUGCUGCAUAUUGAUGAGUUGGGUGUGUUCGCUAUUCAGCGUUGA